AUUUAAGAUUAACUCAGAAAUGAGUGAACGAAUGAGAAAAUUCUUUAAAAAUAUCUUUGGACGAAAUAACCAGGAUAACAUCCAUAUCAACGAUGUUACACCUGAUCAGCCUAAAGAAAAAACUGGAAAAUUCAAAAAACUCCGAAAAAGAAUAUCAAGACUUUUUGGAUGUCGGAGGCCCUGCUGUAGUGAUAUUGCAGAGGAACCUGAACUUCCCUAUGAAGAGGCAGAAAUGAAGCCGUACUCUCCAAUUUCUUUUAAGAAAUGCUGUGAGAAGAUCAAGAUGCGUGUGGAUUUGGACAGCUACUUUGCAUCUUCGGCUGAGUAUUCUACGGAAUAUCCUGAAGCCUUUGAGCUCGAAAUGAAGCCGUACACUCCAAUUUCUUUUAAGAAAUGCUGUGAGAAGAUCAAGAUGCGUGUGGAUUGGGACAGCUACUUUGCAUCUUCGGCUGAGUAUUCUACGGAAUAUCUUGAAACCUUUGAGCGUGAAGAGGAGCAGCGAGAGCUAUUUAAGCCGCUCACUCCAGCUCCUUUUAGGAGAUAUUGCUGGAUGGAAAAUGAAAAUCCUGCAUGGAAACCACUGGACUGCAGAAGCAAUACAGCAUCUAUAUCUGUUAGUUCCCUGGAAGGGGACACAGAAAGCCAGUCGAUCGAGAUAAUUAAACCGACGGCUUCAGCUGUCAGAAGACAUUGCUGGAUGGAAGAUGAAGAUUCUACUUGGGACUCACAGGUGAGUUUGUGCUGGGGAAGGAUAAUAACUGCCAGUUUAUUCACGAGAAUUUUAUUAAUACUCUGACCAGUCAUAUUCUGGAUUGUUGAGGCCUGAAAAAAAGAACUUUACUAAUGUUUUGGUUUAGAACAACUCAGUUAGGCAAUGUCCCAAAACUCUAACACUCAAAUAUAUUUGUAUGUGUAAUUUCUAUUGGGUUAUAUUAUUAAUCUGAGUCCUGUCCUUGGAGAGGCUGAUAAUUUUAAAAAGAAUUUUGUAUCUGUGGAUUUAUUCAUUUCUAACGAUUUUAUAUUCUACAUUAAAUGAAUGUAAUUCCUGCACCC